AUGAGCGGACCAACAGCUAAGAGCAAGAGAGGGCCGACUGUGCUCAUGACAGAUGCCCGCGACACGGCACCUCGAGCACCCCAACGACCAGGCGUGGGGCAGAGACAGGCGACAGGCGCGCGAUUGAUCUCGGUCGACAACAUCCUGCAGUACGCCUCGGACAUUCCCUCACAACAGCAGCGACGCGGCCCGCCUGGCAGCCGACCCAUGAUGCACACGCGCACUCCCAGCGGACGGCAUCCGCUCGAUCCCAGACUCUCCGGUCGCCUGAUACCCCAGCACAUGCCCACCCGAUCGAGCAAGCUCAGCGAAAAACUCGUGCUUCUGCCCGAGACAGCAGGACAGGAGGACGACGAGAAGGGCGACUUUGACGAAGACGAAUACGAAGGCCCGCCCACAGACGAAGACCUUGCGCGACGGACCCCCAAAGGCGGUCCCAACGACAAGAGCUAUGCAGAGCGUCUGCCCAAGGCCAAGCGGACGGACAAGCUCUCGCGCGUCACCGCCUACUGCACCGCCCAAGCCUACAAGAUGAAGAGCACCGCCCAAUUCGUAAAGGACACACACAAUGCCCGCACCAAGCUGUACGACGACUGUCUCUACACCGUCUACCAUCUCCCGCUGUUGCCCGGCAGCGACGGCUACCGGGUCCGCAGUAGCCCUGCGCUCAAGAGCCCGGGUGGAAAGACGGUGCUCGACGAAGAGAUCGAGCGCAACGAGCAGCGCGACCACCACGAAGGCUACUUUGGCGAUGAGGAGACCUACUACGUACGCGACGACCACGAGCUCGACCAACCCUGGGACGGCAUGCACGAUCGCCGAGACUCGACCGAGAAUUCCAGAAUUGCGCCCAACGCCCUGACCUUUGGCGAGAUGUUCGUCUUCUCGUACGGCGUCGUAGUCUUUUGGAACUUCACCGAGAAGCAGGAGAAGGACAUUCUGGCUGACCUCACAUUUUCCGCUAUUGCUACCGGCAUCACCAUCGCAACACGACCCUUGACCGAGUCCGACUUUGAAACUGAAGAGUUCCAUUUUGAAUACAACCCCGAAAUUCAGCGCCCGCGUGUGUACAACGACAUGAUUACGCUCAAGAGCGGGGAUCAUAUGAUCAAGCUAGCCAUGAGCCACGCCAUUGCACAGAGCACCAAGCUAAGUCUCUUCGAGGAGGGUAUGAGCCGGACCAUGCUGGCUGCGCAAUACGUACCCAAACGCUUAGCGUUGACGGGCAAAUUGGGUAUGGGCAGGACAGACGUGGUCAAGAUGAUUGGACAGCUCUUCACCAGCCGUGUGGAAGUGAACUUAUCAUCGAAUAUGCUCGACACUCCAAGCUUCUUCUGGGACUCGGAGCCUACCCUCCAUCCGCUAUAUACCGCUGUGCGCGAAUACCUCGAGAUCAAACCCCGUAUCCAAGUUCUCAACGAGCGCUGCCAGGUCUUCCUUGAUCUGGGCGAGAUACUAUCUGAUUCCAUUAGCGAUAAGAAGAUGACCAAGAUCACGUGGAUUGUCAUUGCGCUCAUUGUGCUGAGUAUCUGCAUAACGUGUCUGGAAGUGCUCCUCCGAUUCGCCAUUCUGCAAAAGGGUAGGACUAAUGUUCCUGUUGCUGGGGAUAUGGAAAUUAGAGGGAUUGGUGGACUCAAGGGAAUUGGUCCGCCUGCCUAUGCUGGGCCUGGCCUGCUCGCUGCGAGAAGUUUGGUUUGGGUCGGUAGUGGAGUCAAGGGUCUAUUGGUCGGCUGA